UUGGUGCUUCAGUUUCUUGGAAUUAUGUAAACAAAUUCAAGACAUGGAAUGAAAUUGAAUUAAUACUUCUGAAGCUAUAAUUCUAAAUCUGAAGUAUGCAAUUUGUUGAUAUUUUCAGCAUUGGUAUUCAACAGGUGAGCCACCAUGACGAACCCCAAGGGAUACAGGCGGGGUACCCGCUAUAUGUUUGCCAAGCCCUUCAGGAAACAUGGAGUUGAACACCUUUCCACCUACAUGAAGGUCUACAGGGUCGGUGACAUUGUUGACAUCAAGGGUAAUGGAGCGAUCCACAAGGGUAUGCCACACAAGUGCUACCAUGGCAAGACCGGCCGUGUGUACAACGUGACCCCCCACGCCGUCGGCGUGAUCGUCAACAAGAAGGUGCGCGGCCGCUACAUCGAGAAGCGCAUCAACCUGCGCAUCGAGCACGUCAAGCACAGCAAGUGCCGUGAGGACUUCCUCAACCGUGUGAAGAACAACGCUAAGCUCCGUGCGGAGGCCAAAGUCAACAAGACCAGCGUCAGCCUGAAGCGGCUGCCCAAGCCCCCGCGUGAAGCGCACGUCGUGAAGACGGCCGACACCACCAUCCAGGACGUCCGACCCAAGCCCUACGAGUUCAUCAUCUAAGUGCUGUCACUAUUACACGAAAAUAUACGUCGGUGAGCCA